AUGUCAGCCCCGGGAGAGAACGGACACCAUCGUGUCCCAUCGACAUCGAGAAAUGGCCACGCUCCAUUGUAUAGGCUCAACUCGAACCAAAGCAGCACAAGUAUCUUCGAAGAGGUGGAAAUGGCCCAUGAUGAGCUCUUCUCCGGUCCUAUCGCCGAAAGCCUUCCCACUAGUGUUUCUUCCUUCUCCCAUCGCCGGCCUCGUGCAAACUCCACGACGAGUUUUACAUACUACCAAGACGAGCCCGAGCCCUCUCCUACCUCGUAUGAUGAGGAACGCCAAAGCUUGUCCGACCUUGAGGACUCUACCUUUGGUGACGAGGAUGAGAGUGACAUCGAUAUCGAAAAUAGGGACGUGGCAGACGACUACAUGAUUCAGCAUAGACGAUCUUCUACGCACUCGAGAUCUUCCGUCCAUGACCGUCUUUUGCGCCACGACAGCGCAACCACGAAUAAAAGCAUGGGCGGAGACCGGCUGAGUCAAAAGAUAUACAUGGUGAACGAGGAUCUGACUAUUGCUAUUGCUGGCUUCCGGACUAGUCGAUUGGGCUUUGUUGCGUAUGUGGGACUCUGUCUUUGUACGCUUGGUCUUGGUUGGCUGUUAUUGCGAUGGCUUCCCCGCUGGCAGGUGAGGCUCUUGGGCAAACCGUCCCCAUUAGCCGAGUGUGACUGGGUUGUGGUGGAGAAUCAAUGGGGAGAGUUUGCUGUCAUGAACGUGGACAAGAAACUAUAUGGCAGGCCCAUGUCCACCAUCUUUGGCUCCGGUGAGAAGGGCUACGUGAUGGACGAUGAAUACGAUCCUAUCAUCACCGAACUACGCAUGCUGAAUUAUCGUUACGUCCGGCUGUACUUCAAUCAACAGAAGGACAAGUUUGUUAUGUUCAAUGGAUGGGUCGACCCGAACUGGACUGAUCCCCGCGCUGUCCGUGCCGGUAUCGACAGUGACGAGAAGGGCCUACGGGAAGUCGUCUUUGGCAACAACCUCAUUGAUAUUGAGCAAAAGUCGAUACCGCAGCUGCUCGUGGACGAGGUGUUUCAUCCUUUCUACGUCUUCCAGAUUGCUAGUCUGAUUCUCUGGUCUCUUGACGAGUAUUACUACUACGCUGUUGCCAUUUUUUUGAUGUCGUUUGGUAGUAUCGCGACAACCCUUAUUGAAACUAAAGCGACGAUGAAACGACUUCGCGAAAUUUCUCGCUUUGAGUGUGACGUCCGAGUUCUUCGAAAUGGAUUCUGGCGAUAUGUGCCUUCGAGCGAGCUUGUGCCUGGCGAUGUAUACGAAGUUAGCGACCCGAACCUGACCCAGUUUCCAACUGAUGGCCUACUCCUCAGCGGCGAUUGUAUCGUUAAUGAAAGCAUGCUUACAGGCGAAUCGGUGCCUGUCUCGAAGUCCCCGGCCAUUGAUGAGACUAUGUACGAUCUCGACCUGGCUGCACCUACAGUAUCUCCAGAGAUUGCCAAGCACUUCCUUUUCUGUGGUACCAAGAUCAUUCGGGCUCGACGUCCCCAAGAAGAUCGCGAUGGGGACGCUGUCGCUCUCGCGCUUGUGGUUAGGACAGGGUUCAGUACAACGAAGGGCUCUCUUGUGCGAUCCAUGCUUUUCCCCAAACCCUCCGGCUUCAAGUUCUACCGCGAUUCAUUCCGGUACAUCAGCGUUAUGGCCGUGGUAGCUAUGCUUGGUUUCAUCGCAUCUUUCGUCAACUUCUUGCGUCUAAACCUGGCCUGGCACCUCAUCAUCGUGCGCGCUCUGGAUCUUAUUACCAUCGUGGUGCCUCCUGCGCUCCCAGCUACACUCACGAUCGGCACCAACUUUGCGAUAAGUCGGCUUAAGAAGAAGCAAAUAUUCUGUAUCAGCCCUCAACGUGUCAACGUGGGCGGCAAGCUUGACAUUAUGUGCUUUGACAAGACGGGCACCCUCACAGAAGACGGACUGGAUAUUCACGGCGUUCGGGUUGCCUCACCGGCCACAGGCAAGUUCACAGACGUGCUCACCGACCCGUCGUCUUUCAUACUUGACCAGGCCGGGGAUUCAUCCCAGUCAUCAAGGCUCAAGGCUGCCUUGUUUACCAUGGCAACAUGUCAUUCACUCCGAUCCGUUGAUGAUGAGCUAAUGGGAGACCCGCUUGAUUUGAAAAUGUUCGAAUUCACGCGAUGGUCUUUUGAGGAAGGGAAACAGAGCCCCAAUGAGAUAGAUGACCAAGACCAAGGCAGUCUUUCGCCGUCAGUUGCCAGACCGCCUCCCGAGCACAGUACCAUAUUGCGUCAUACCAUUGCGCUACGGGACCAAUCGGCCCCAUUCGAACUCGGGAUUUUAAGGUCCUUCGAGUUCGUUUCUCAACUUCGAAGAGCGAGUGUUAUUGUCCGACAAUUUGGCCAGCAAAGUGGCGAUAUAUACGUCAAAGGUGCACCUGAAUGCAUGCGGGAGAUAUGUCGCGAAGACAGCUUCCCGAUCGACUACGAUGAACAACUUGCCUACUACACCCACAAGGGUUACCGUGUAAUUGGAUGUGCCACUCGCCAUAUCCCCAAACUCAGUUGGGUGAAAGCGCAGAAGAUGAAGCGGCACGAAGUAGAGGCAAACCUGGAGUUCACCGGAUUCAUCAUUUUCGAGAACAAGCUAAAGCCAACCACAGCCUCGGUGCUAGCCGAGCUCCUUGAAUCAAACAUUAGCACAACCAUGGUGACCGGCGACAAUAUAUUGACAGCCAUUAGUGUGGCUCGCGAGUGCAACUUAAUCAACAAGACGGCACACUGCUUCAUUCCGAGAUUCAUAGAAGGCAGUGCUAGUGAUCCCAAAGCACAGCUUCAAUGGGAGAGUAUCGACAAUGGCAUGUUCCAACUGAAUGCGGAGACAUUACUGCCAUUGCCUCCUCCGGCUGAAGUUGAUGCGUCACUGGCAUACAAUAUCAACGAUAUACGCAACUACUCUUUAGCUGUUAGUGGCGAUGUUUUCCGGUGGAUCGUGGAUUUUGCGUCCCCGUUGGUUUUACAAAGGAUGCUUGUCCGCGGUCGCGUGUUCGCACGGAUGUCACCGGACGAAAAACACGAGCUAGUCGAGAAGCUCCAAGGUAUUGGAUAUUGCUGUGGGUUUUGUGGCGAUGGUGCGAACGACUGUGGUGCUCUCAAGGCAGCCGACGUUGGCAUUUCACUAUCAGAGGCGGAGGCUUCUGUCGCAGCCCCCUUCACAUCGCGCGUCUUCGACAUUAGAUGUGUGCCUCAGGUCAUCAGAGAGGGACGCGCCGCUCUUGUGACAAGUUUUAGCUGUUUCAAGUACAUGAGUCUGUACUCGGCGAUUCAAUUUACGUCUGUCAGCUUUCUCUAUGCCACGGCGUCAAACCUUGGCGACUUUCAGUUUCUGUUUAUCGAUCUGCUGUUGAUCCUGCCAAUUGCUGUUUUUAUGAGUUGGGCUGGACCGUUUCCUGUCCUGUCACGAAAACGGCCAACGGCAGAUCUUGUUUCUCGUAAGGUGCUCAUUCCACUGCUCGGCCAAAUGGGCAUCUGCAUUUUGAUACAGGCAGUCGUGUACGCGGCGGUGCGAGCGCAACCGUGGUAUAUUCCGCCGCAAGUCGACCAUGAUAAAUCAAACAUCAAGAACUCGGAGAAUACAGUCCUGUUCUUAGUGUCUUGUUUCGAAUACAUACUAGCGGGCGUCGUACUCAAUGCCGGUCCGCCUUUCAGGGAACCGGCGGUGAAGAACUGGCCAUUCAUGGCGACCAUUGCGGUAACACUAAUGAUCACACUGUACAUGAUAAUCGGGCCAGCGCACGCUUUACGGCAUCUAAUGCAGCUUACCAAGACGAGCUGGGACUUUGGAAUUUUCAUGAUCCUUCUGGGAGGCGUCUACUUGGCAACAGCGUGGACAUCGGAAAAAUAUAUCUUUCAGAAGCUGGCUCGGGCGGCGGGUUACUUCAAGGAGCGGGUUUUAAAGAGACCCAAGCAGAGGAAGGAGUAUAAGACGAUUUUGGAAAGCAUGCAGGUGUAA